AUGGGUGUCCCUCACCGACCCGAUGACCCUCGUCCCGGCUCUCCCGCCGACCAUCAGCCGACAGUAAGAAUCCCAGAUCUUCGGAAAAAGAUUAAGUACUGCUGAUUACUUGCAGACAUGGACGGAAAUGGCAAAGAAGUGGCCGAAACAGACGUUUCUGAUUAUCGGAAAUGAACUUUGCGAACGAUUCAGCUUCUAUGGAAUGCGAGGUUUUUCUCUUAUUCUGCAUAAUGAUAUUUAAUCUCUUUUUCAGCCGUGCUCACAUUGUAUUUAUUCAACAUUCUCGGCUUCAACUCCUCUUCCAGUACCGUUCUCUUCCACGCAUUCACAGUCGUUUGUUACUCUUCUCCACUUCUUGGCUCCAUUCUCGCGGACGGAUACAUCGGAAAGUUUUGGUACGCUCCAGCUGGAAGCUACUUAUGUGAAUAUUGAACAUUUCCAGGACGAUAUUCUUCAUUUCGAUAGUCUAUGCGUGUGGCCAGAUCCUGCUGGCAUUCUCGUCCAUCGCUCCCAGCGAGAGCGCCCACCAUCCGUACUUUACUUUCCAUGUUUCAUUCUUCUCCGCACGUCAUCCGUUUCAGAUAUCUUGAUCUGUUCGGACUUCUCAUAAUCGGUCUCGGAACGGGCGGUAUAAAACCAUGUGUUUCCGCGUUCGGAGGCGAUCAGUUCCCUGCUCACUACACGCGAAUGAUCUCCAUUUUCUUUUCCAUGUUCUACUUUUCCAUCAAUGCCGGCUCGCUGAUCUCCAUGUACCUGACGCCCAAAAUGAGAUGUUUGUCGUCCCGCUUGGAAACGUGAUCACUCGUGAAUUUCAGCUUUAUCGUGUUUCGGAAACGAUUCUUGCUACCCUCUGGCGUUCGGAAUUCCCGCUUUUUUGAUGAUUGUCGCAACAUGUAAUUGAUAGAAAAGAGUGUAGGAUGAACCUAAUUAUUCUUCAGUGGUCUUCAUGGCCGGAAGUUAUUGGUAUAAGAAGGUUCCCCCGAAAGAGAAUGUCAUCUUCCGAGUGGUCGGCACAAUUGUGGUACGGCCCCGUGUGCCAGCCCUCACAGUCCCAGACUCAUUUGAUUCAGCGUGCUCUUCGCAACAAGUCCUCUUCCCGUUCACCUCGUGCCCACUGGCUCGACCACAGUUUGGAUGGACACAACUGUGCACUUUCCCCAGAAUGCACUCAACUUCACGGGAACUGUGCUCAGAAGAAGUUUGUGGAGGAUGUGAAGCGGCUGUUCCGUGUCGUCGUCAUGUUCCUCCCUGUGCCAAUGUUCUGGGCUCUCUAUGAUCAACAGGGAUCCACGUGGGUUCUGCAGGCGGUCGGAAUGAAUGCUAGGAUCUGGAAUGAUUUUGAGCUUCUUCCCGACCAAAUGGGUGUCAUCAAUGCCCUUCUCAUUCUGGUCUUCAUCCCCAUUUUCCAAUCUGGAAUCUACCCGGCCAUUGAGAAGUGCGGAUUUAAACUGACGUGAGCAAUUCCAUAAUUUCCUCCUGCCACGUCAUGAUAUCUUGUAGAAUGCUGCGUAAAAUGGCCGCCGGCGGAAUGCUCACAGCGCUGUCUUUCUUCAUUUGCGGAGUUGUGCAGCUGUUCGUUAAUGUGACUUACUUUUGAAUGAAAUGGCUGAAAUACAUGUUUGUUUCAGGCGUCUCUCCCCUAUAUUCCCAUGCAAAAUGAGGCUCACCUGACGAUAGUUAACACUCUUCCAACUUGUGAUUUCAAGGUUCAAGUGGAUUCCGGAGAACCAUUCGACCUGUUUAGAAAAAUGGUGAGUAUGUCAUAGCUUCCUCUUCUCAUAGAUGAUUCAGGGACUGAACUCUGCAUCGGAAGUUAACAAGCCUAUGAGCUUCCAAGGAUCAACUCAAUUCCAACCGAACAUCACGUUUUCCAAGUGAGCCUCAUGUUUCCUUUGUCUUUUCACUGUCUCCCCUUCGGCGAAAAAAAAUUGUCGCGCGCUUUUUUGCGUGCGGCUCUCAGUGUCGAUUUACGGGAUACGAUAAAGAAGAUAAAAGAACUUUCGGAAAUUUUGAGAAAGGUUGUCAUAAUCAUAAAACAGUUGACUCAAGAUUGUUCAGAAGACAGAGGCGGUCAUUUUGAGCACAGAGACGUCCCAUAAAAAGCAAAAACGACUGAGAAAUUCAAGUUUUUGAGGUUCAGGACUGAGAUUCACAGAAAAGUGCAAAAAUGUGCGUUUUCUCGUGGGCAAAACGCUAAUUUAAGGUCACAGCUGUCAUUAACUUUUCUGAAAUUCUCUGUUUCACCUCAUUUUCAUCAUUUUCGGAUGAAUUUUUUCGGAAAAAAUCCAGAAAUUUCAGACCUGCUUUUGUUUUCAACGACACUCUGUUUUAACGCGCGGCGCUCAAUUUAGCAUUAGCUAUUGGGGAGACAGUGCUUUUCCAUAAAUCCAUUCAAGCGAGUCUCCGAACUGUCCGAAAUUCACUGCGAAUCCUUCUCUCACCGCCGGAGUCUCCUACAUUUUGACGCUUUCUCCGAAUGGUUGGACGUACAAUCCGCUCAAAUUGGAAAAACCAUCGAAAGGAAAAGGAGAGUUCGGAAUCGGGUAACUCUCUGUUCAUUUCCAUCCCUUUAGAUCUCUGUCUUUCAGGUUGAACUUUCUGAUUCCAUGCGAAAGUAUUCCAUCAGCAGUCACGUGGAAAGAGUGCAAUGCAACUGGAGGAUACAAUGGGGUCAUUGGACUGUGCCGAGUCGGUCCCAAUGUGGACGUCGAACAUCCGUGCGAUCCGAGAGCAGAAGGGUAGACUCAAAAAUCAACAAUAACUCUGUUUAACUCGCCUUUCCAGACAAUUCUAUCAACUGACUGCCCCACAACGUCUGAAAGUCCGUGAUUAUUCCACUGGAAACAGCGAGGAUUACGGUGCCAGCUAUGCUCCGAUCGACCUGAGUCCUGGCAGUUAUCGGCUCUAUUACAUCGAGUACACCGUCCCGUACUCGAAGACAUCGAAACCGAGUGCCAGUCAGACGGUAGGAAAAACAAAUUCUUAGAGGAAACGUUUAAAUUAUCACGUUUUUUCAGAACUUCUAUGCCCUGAACCUACCGGCAGUACAGCAAGAGAACAUGGGCGGAGUCUACAUGAUGACCGUUUCAACCAAAUCAAAACUUGACACGGUUAGAUUGAGGAAAGACAGCUCAAUUAGCAGCAAACGUAUUCAGGAGAUAUUGGGAACGACCGAAGCGGUCAUCCCGCACAACCACAUCAGCAUACUGUGGCAGAUACCGCAGUACGCAGUGAUCACGGCCGGGGAGGUCAUGUUCAGCAUCACUGGGCUCGAGUUCGCCUAUUCCGAAGCCGCUCCGCAACUGAAAUCUGUCGUGCAGGCCCUCUGGUUGUUCACCACCGCCGCCGGCGAUCUCAUCGUCGUCGUCAUCAUGACUCUCAAUCUGUUUUCGGACGUGGUAGGUUGAGUACGAACUUCCAAGCACCUGAUUUCCCUUUUUCCGGCGGUGCAAAUGUUCGUGUUUGGUGUCAUAAUGGUAAUUGUGAUUAUCAUCUUCAUUCUGCUCGCCGUUUUCUACUACGAAUAUGCCGAAUAUUCGAACGAAGGAGACGGUCUCACUGAGAAAAUGACGCUGGACGACGACGAGCAAACUCGCAUUUGAUAAGUGCCUUUUCUAAUUAAUUCUAAUAAGUUAUUAGCUAAAAAUGUACAUAAAGAGUUUCCAUUUUGAAGUUGUUGAGUGGGCGUCAGUUUGGUCAUGGUCUAGUCUGAAACCCCGCAUUAAAUAUGGUGAUCUUAAACGUUUCGAGAGAUGACGCAACCGAACAAAAGAGGAGCAUCGCCCACUUUGACAGUUAAAUACUUAGUCACACAUACAUACAUACAUACAUUUCUGUUUGCAUUUUCACUUUGACCGUCCUCGUUUUCCUUCCGUAUUGGGUGCUCACCACCUUGUCCUUUCCCGGUCCAUUUUCGUAAAAGUGUCGAACUGAUAAGCAGGUGAUGCUCCUCAGCACCAGAAAUAUUCGUUUGCUUGCUUUUCAUUCUCGCAUGCCUCGUCAGAAAUGAACUGCUCGGAGCGGCCGUAUCAGCAACGAUAAUCCCUGAUUGUCACACUUUGACGACCGGUUUUUUAGACUUCCCAUUGGUCGAAAAGAAUAGUACAGAAGGAGUGAUUCCAUUUCACACAUGUUUUCGAAGCGGAUUUCCAAAUGACGCCAAUGUUUUUUUAGACACCUCCCAGUACAUAUAGUCACGAAAAUGAACGCGAGAGCUGAUUCCAGUCGGCCUCUGAUCUUAGUAUCGUGUUCAGUUUUAUUUAACCCGAUAAUAUCUGUUUUGACGAUCCACUCGUACUUUGGCAGUUCCGAAGAUCAUGCAGUGCUACAAUUGACCUGCGUUUCAGUUUCUCCCUCUUGAUCCGAAUACAUUGCCUGGAUGGAAUGCCUCCAUUAUCUGCCGUCAGAUCAUCCGAUUCCAGAUGCCAAUCGUCGGCUUUUCCCUCCGAUUCUCUCAUAUUUCUCUCCCCUCAUUUGGAUAGUAAACACCGUCGAAAUGAAUCGAUAAGCGGUUGUUUCACCUCAUUCUCCUCUUUGAUAACUCUUUCGACUACAGUUUUACAUUCUGUUUUGAGAGCUCCCUAACACAUUGAACCGUGACGUUUUGCUUAUCACACGACUUUUCCCCUCCAAAGGCACGCUAAAGGAACCGUAUCUGCGGGAACCUUUGGUUCCAACCAAGAACCAAGUUGGUGAUAACUCCUCCAUUCCAUUUCGUUUCGGUGCUAUCCGCUGGUUCUUCUCGGAAUGGCUCCGACUCCCGAUGACUAAAUGUUUGACACUCGAGAAGCUUCCCGAUUAAAAAGGAGUGUCCCACCCCUCCUGUCCGCAUUCAGUCGCACGCUGCGGAUCUCGCCACUCACGGCUCACCACAGGCAUCGCUGGCCGGCCGUUUGUUUCGAGACCCGCCACAGACCGAUAAUAUAUAUGCCGUUGUACUCGAACAACAGUCAAUUCUUGUCAAUGAAUACCUCUGAAAGUGUACAAUACGAGAACUCAUUCGGUUUCCGUCGUCUCUCGUCUCUAGCGUCUCGUUUCCUCUCACUCGACAAUAUCAAUAAUCGGCACCGAAACAUACUUAUUAUGCUCAACGCCAGUCUCUUAUCAUCACAAACUAUUCCUCAAGGUUUCGGUUUUCUUGACUACUACUCAAACUUCAUUUGAAUGCCCACAGAGUUUCCGAUGGAUUGGAGUCAAUUGAAACGGAACUGUAAUAGGUCAAAAACGGUGUCACUACAAACCAGAUUGUUCAUUUUACGAAUAGAAACACUCUGAAUUAGGUGUCUACAUGUGUCAACGUUUUUUCGAGAUUCCCUCUCCCGCGUACAUCCGGUUUUCCGACUGUCCAAUCCAAUUUUAUCCAAUUUUUCGACGAUCCGUGAAUCAAAAAGUUUGAUAUUUUGCCCGCUGCGCUCGCAUGGUUAUGGCCGUUUUAUAGACGUAUAAACUGAAACCAUUCGGUAUUCUUAUUCUUCGAAAAGAUACCGCACUUUUUUCUUUCGGAAUGUCAUUGAAGAUCACAAUUAUCAGAACGAGCAUUCUCGUUCUCUGUUUCUCUUCUUUUCUAGUCUUUUGACGUGGCACCACCUACACACGACCCAUAUAUUUAUCACGAAAGAAGUGAUAAGUGAUAAAAGUGACGUUAGGAUCAUUUGAUGGUUCAAUGAUCUUCUCCCUCUUUUCUUUUUUCUCAGUGUGCAACAUCAGUAGCAGCUUCUACCGUAACCCGAAUGCCUACAGUGAUCAUGAACCCUCUGCCAUUCUUCUCAAUGUCGCCCGCCAUUCUCUUUGUUUUCACACCGUCUCUCUAUCCGAAACCGAUCUCUUUUCUCUUCUCUGUUUUGUUCUUCCCCUUUUUCUCGUCGAAAUGACAUCAGAAUCAAGAUCUGACUCGCCCUCCCGCAGCCUUUUUUUUUGCUCGCGGCAGGCCGGUUCGGCCCGUCGCAUGAUAUAAAACCAACAGAGUUGUACUCGAGAAUCACCCGUUGCAGAGCAUGGCGGAAGGAUUUUUGGCUCUGCAGGGAUGCCUCGCCGUCAUCAUGUUCCUGGUUACUCUGACCGCCGGAUGCGCUCCUUUAGUAGUAAGUAAAGAUGAACUGUGAAAGAAGAUUGAGAAGUUUGAUAGGUUCAAGGUCAAAACUGACCUAGGCGAAUAUUUAUUAUUCAUUUGGACAAACUAUGAUUUCAGCUACUAACGAUCAUGAAGAAAAAAGGAAAAGAUCAGACGAAAAGUGGCUGGCUCUCUUAUCUUUCGUGCUUCUCUGGAGGAGUCUUCAUGGCCACCUGCUUCUUGGAUAUUAUGCCACACAUUGGGUAUUUUUUUCUUUUUUUUUUUAAUGCAAAUCCAUGAAAAGCGUUUAUUUCUAGUGAGAACUACGCCGAACUAAUUGAAAAGUACAAUCAGGAAUACCCUGUUCCCUUGAGUCAAGUGUUCAUUUGCUGCGGAUUCUUCCUCGUCUACUUCAUCGAAGAAUUCACAGCCAAGGUAAGACUCGCAACCGGAUUUUCAAUGAGAUAAUGCUCGCAGGUCUUCGGAUCGUCUGGACACGGUCACUCCCACGGAGCCCCUCCGCCGUUGACGGUCAAUCCGAAGAAAGAGAACAUUACGAGGUUCGCCCCUUUCCGCCUUUUUCCCUCUCCUCCAACGUCCCUUUCAAUCACUAAUUCUCGGUUCUUUCUAUGCUUUUCUUGUCCUGUCCUCUUCCUUUACUAAUUUGCACGGUCUCUUCGCAUGGUGUGCCAUUCUUCAGACAACAGCUGCUCGAAGACGGCUCCGCGCCCCAAUCGGCUCCUGUGGACAGUCGGCUCAUCAACCGACACAGGUUUGAAGGGCGAUCUCACUUCUAUGCACGUCUCUACUAACUUUAUGUCGACUAACUGAUCAAUGGGGUGUUUGUGUGCUUUGUGCAACUCAUGCAUUCUUUUCAGUUUGGUCGUGGAGGAAACUUCUCCGUGGGUAGUGUCCGAUGAGAAGAGCAACCUUCUGAAAUCGCUUACAUUCGCAGUCGCCAUGUCGUUCCAUUCUCUGCUGGAAGGAUUCGCCCUCGGAGUGCAAGAGACUCACACUGGCAUCUACGCGCUCUUCUUUUCUCUCCUCCUUCACAAGUCCAUUGAGGCAUUUUCCGUAGGACUCCAGAUCUCAAAGACUAACAGUGAGAAGGUGAGAAACUUCAAUUUCUGUUCCCAAAAGUUUUAUUUUCAGUACAAGAUAGUUGUGUUCACAAUACUCAUCUAUUCACUGAUGACUCCGAUCGGCUCGGUGCUCGGAACGUUGUUGCAGUCUUCUAGCUCUGCUUCAUUCCUGAAAGAUUUCUCGAUCGUUUUCCUAGAGUGCUUGGCAGCCGGAACGUUCAUCUACGUCACGUUUCUUGAAGUUCUUGCCGCCGAAAAGGAAAACAGCUUCAACAGUCUCAAACAAUUGGGUGCCAUUCUCGCCGGAUUCCUCGUCAUUCUCCUCCUUCAAAUCUUCUUCGGAGGCCACGACGGUCACACUCACACUCAUCCGGAGCCUUCUCCGCUACUCACUUCUAGUGCUCCUCUUUUCUAA